UCAGACGUACCACUGUAAUCCUUUCGGUAUGUUUCUGUUUACGUUUCACUUUCUGUGCCCCAAGCAGCUCCGCCUCCCCGCCCCGCCCCGGUGGAGCCCCGAUUUUCCGGGGUGCGGGCGGCCCAGCCGCGUUCUGCCGCGGCUCUUGGCCCAGCGCGGGCUCGGCCGGUGCCGGUGCCGGUGCCGGUGCCGGGCCAUGGGGCCGGGCCCGGCGCUGGCGGCCGCGCUGCUGGCGCUGCUGGUCCCGGCCGCGGCGCGGGGCCCCGGCGCUGCCGCCUGCGAGGUGUCCCCGGGCGGCCGCUUCGACUGCGGCCCCGAGCGGCUCCUGUCGCGGGCGGGCUGCGAGGCGCGGGGCUGCUGCUACAGCCCCGGGCCCGGGCCCGGGCCCCGCGCCGGGCCCGGCCCGCCCUGGUGCUUCUUCCCCCGCGGCUACCGCAGCUACCGCGCCGAGAACCUGACGGCCACCGAGAGCGGCUUCUCGGCCCGGCUGCACCGCGUGGCCGCCGCCUUCCUGCCCGGAGCGGUGGACGAGCUGCGGCUGGAGCUGGCGCUGGAGACCCCGGCCCGCCUGCGCUUCACGCUCCGGGACGCGGCCCGGCCGCGCUAUGAGGUGCCGCUGGCCACGCCGCGGGUGCGCGGCCGAGCCCCCUCCACGCUCUACGGGCUGCAGCUCAGCCAGGACCCCUUCGGGCUCGUCGUGUGCCGGCAGCGCGGCGGGAGAGUCCUGCUGAACACCACGGUCGCACCCCUCUUCUUCACAGACCAGUUCCUGCAGAUCUCCACCUCCCUGCCCUCCCAUUUCAUUUCGGGGCUGGGGGAGCACCUGACACCGCUGUUCCUCGACACAGCAUGGACCAGGGUCACCCUCUGGAAUCGGGACAUGGCACCUGCGCCCCACAUCAACCUCUACGGCUCCCACCCUUUCUACCUGGUGAUGGAGGACGAUGGUUCAGCCCACGGUGUCUUUCUGCUGAACAGCAACGCGAUGGGUGAGUCCCGUGGGGUGCCGGGCAUGGGCCUGGCCCUGUCCUCAUCCUCAGCUUCCUCCCCUGGCACUUGUGCUUCCCCAGACGUGCUCCUGCAGCCCAGCCCGGCCCUGACCUGGCGCACGACCGGGGGGAUCCUGGACUUCUACAUCUUCCUGGGCCCCGACCCCAAGAGCGUGGUGCGGCAGUACCUGGAUGUGGUUGGGUUCCCCUUCAUGCCCCCGUACUGGGGCCUGGGCUUCCACCUGUGCCGCUGGGGCUACUCCUCCACCGACAUCACCCGGCAGGUGGUGGCCAACAUGACAGCAGCCCGCUUCCCCCUGGAUGUGCAGUGGAACGACCUGGAUUAUGCAGAUGCCAAGAGGGAUUUCACCUUCAACAAGAAAGGCUUCAGGGACUACCCAGAGAUGGUGCGGGAGUUCCAUGACCGCGGGCUGAGGUACAUCAUGAUCGUGGACGCUGGGAUCAGCAGCUCGGGGCCCCCUGGCACAUACAAGCCCUACGACGAGGGUCUGAAGCGAGGGGUGUUCAUCCGAAAUGCCACGGGGCAGCCCCUGAUCGGGAAGGUGUGUGUGGGGAGCAGCCCUGGUGCCCACGGGGCAGGGCUCGAGUGGGGCUGUGGCAGCAGGACCCCAAGAGUGGGAGAGAAACCUCUGGGGGGCUGUGGUGGAAGGUGGGGGCUCUGCCCAAUGCUCUCCCCCCUGCAGGUCUGGCCAGGCCCCACGGCCUUCCCCGACUUCACCAACCCAGAGACUCACGAGUGGUGGCACGACAUGGUGAAGGACUUCCACGAACAAGUGCCCUUCGAUGGCAUAUGGCUUGACAUGAAUGAGCCGUCCAACUUCGUGGAGGGCUCCCAGGAUGGCUGCCCCAACAACAACCUGGAGCAUCCCCCCUACGUGCCAGGUGUGUUUGGGGGACGCCUGCAGGCCGGGACCAUCUGUGCCUCCAGCCAGCAGUACCUGUCCUCUCACUACAACCUGCACAGCCUGUACGGGCUGACCGAGGCCAUCGCCUCCCACAAUGCUCUGCUGAGGGUCCGGGGCAAGCGUCCCUUCAUCAUCUCACGCUCCACCUUUGCUGGGCACGGGCGCUACGCCGGGCACUGGACAGGAGAUGUUGGCAGCGACUGGGAGCAGCUCUACUACUCCAUACCAGAGGUGCUGCUCUUCAACCUCUUCGGGGUGCCGCUGGUGGGUGCCGACAUCUGCGGCUUCCUGGGCAACACCAGCGAGGAGCUGUGCGUGCGCUGGACCCAGCUGGGCGCCUUCUACCCCUUCAUGAGGAACCACAACGACCACGGCACCCGGCCGCAGGAGCCCUUUGCCUUCAGCCCGCCCGCCCAGGCUGCCAUGAGGAACGCCCUGCGCCUCCGCUACUCCCUCCUGCCCUUCCUGUACACGCUGUUCCACCGCGCUCACAGCGCCGGCCAGACCGUGGCACGGCCCCUGUUCCUCGAGUUCCCCACAGACCCCAACACCUGGGCCGUGGACCGCCAGCUCCUGUGGGGCGGGGGGCUGCUCAUCACCCCCGUGCUGGAGCCAGGACAGACCAAAGUCAGCGGCUACUUCCCAGCAGGGACGUGGUACAGCCUGGCAGGGGAUUCCACCAUCCACAGCAAAGGGCAGUGGAUCCUCCUGCCAGCGCCCCUGGACACCAUCAACGUCCACGUGCGUGCAGGGCACAUCCUGCCCCUGCAGGAGCCCGCCUUCAGCACUGCCCAGUCCCGUGGAAAGGGCAUGGCCUUGGUGGUGGCGCUGAGCCUGGACGGCUUCGCCAGGGGAGAGCUGUUCUGGGACGAUGGGGAGAGCUGGGAGACCUUUGAGAGGGGCGACUACACCGAGAUCCUCUUCCUGGCCUCCAACGUGAGCACGGGGAGCUGCUGGCAGGGCUGGGCAGGGCUCCUGGUGGCCCUGGCACACCUGUGUCUGCUCAGAGGGGCAGCAGGUGGGGUGGGGCACCUGGAGGAGCCCUGGGGGCACGUGGGGUGGCUGAGAGCCGGGAGCACACGGUGCCAUCCCCCGUGCCCAGGAUGCCGUGCUCAGCCAGCUGCUGCGGGCGAGUGCCCACCUGGACGGGGUCCUGCUGGAGGCCGUCACUGUGCUGGGGGUCACCAGCCCUCCCCGGAGAGUUCUGGCCAACGGUGCCAUCGUGAGUGACUUCUCCUACCGCAGUGACACCCAGGUGCUGAGAGUCCCUGUGUCACUGCCCAUGUGGGAGCAGUUUGUGAUCUCCUGGUCCUGACCAGCGUGGGUCACAGGGAGUAUUCCAGGGAUGCUGCUUCCCUGGAAUCCAAGGCCAAAUCCAUCCCAUCCCCUGUACCCUGAGCUGCCCCUGCUCUUCCCACACUCCUGGGCCUUGUUCUCCCUCUGGCUUCUGGGUGUGCACUGGACUGGCAGAGGGAGGGGGGCCUUGCACAGCCCCCAGGGACAGGGAAAACAUCACCAUCAUCAAAUCAGGGGAAAAAAUACCCAAGUGCCUUGUGAGACAGCAAACCAGUUACUCUGGGGCACUGGUAACUGGGGCACAGACUGCAGGGAGUUUCCUGGCUGUGGUUUUGGGGAGGGGGAUGCGCAGGGGCUGAGGGAGCAGUACUGUGAAUAAAGCUGCUGUUUGCUGGGA